CGGUCACAGUCCGCCGACUCAAAGGUCUCACCGUUUCAGAACCCUAGCCUUAGCUUGUGCAAUCUCCCUCCUCUCUCUCUCUCUCUCUCUAUCUCAGGGUCCUCGUGAGUCGUAGCUGCAAUGUCGGGCCGUGGUAAGGGUGGGAAGGGACUGGGCAAGGGCGGAGCCAAACGGCACAGGAAGGUGCUGAGGGACAACAUCCAGGGAAUCACGAAGCCGGCCAUCCGCCGGCUGGCUCGCAGGGGCGGUGUGAAGCGUAUCAGCGGCCUGAUCUACGAGGAGACGCGCGGGGUCCUCAAGAUAUUCCUGGAGAACGUGAUCCGGGACGCCGUCACCUACACCGAGCACGCCCGCCGGAAGACCGUCACCGCCAUGGACGUCGUCUACGCGCUCAAGAGGCAGGGCCGGACCCUGUACGGGUUCGGCGGGUGAGGCGCUCCGGGAGCUAAAAGGGGAUGUGGGUGCUGGCUGUAAAUCAGGGAAAGUUGGGAACUUGUGUUGAGAUGAUUUCUUGUUUGAUUUGUACCAUUUUGCAAUGUCGAUUCCGUUCAAUGUGUAAUUCAGUUUGCAAUGGUAAUGAAUGAUGCAAUUUCCCUGAAUUUCUCACCA